UUUUUGCAGAUAACAUGGGGAUUGCUGCUCCUAGCAGUGUGCACAUGCAGCUCUGAAAAACUAAAGCCAAAGUCUGCUGAUAGUGAGAAGAACGGAAAUUAUUCUGGCAAAGAUUUACCUCAGCUCCACCACCACAAAAAGCAACUAGACGGCGAAGUUAAUUUGCACAGCACUGUAAAAUUGGAGCCUUUUAGAGAUAAAGAAUUUCCUAUACUUCCACCAAUAAUUCUUUUAGAUUUUGUAAACGGCACUGACAAUAAUUCGCUUAAUAAAUCUGAUCAAGGCGAUGACAAAUUGAAGAGAACCAUAGAUGAUAACCUUGGUUAUGGAUUCAGCAGCAAUAGUCUCUUCAUGGGAAAGCACAAUUUUUAUUUUCCUGCUGGUAGUACUGGGACUGCUGUGAGUAUUGAUGAAUCAGUAAGUCCGUUAAAAUCGGAAACAAUUACAGAAGAAAUUAAACCAAUCACAGAAAAAACAGAUGCAAACGAAGAAGAUGACAAUGCCAAAGCACAGAAGCCAUUUUUCGAAGAUCUACCCGAUCCAUUACCUCUUCAAUAUCAAGAAGCUUUACCUAUCUACCCACCGUAUCCGGUUUAUGGUCAACGAACCAAACUUCAAAAAACUCCGUCCUCUAAUUUUGAAAAGCAUUCCUCGGCGAAAUUGCAUCAAAGUUCUUACUUGACUCCAGCACCUCCAAUACCAAGUGGGCAUUACAAGCAGCUUUUUUCUUAUGCUCCUCAUAAAUCGGCUAGCCAUACAGAUCAAUCGGACCCAUUUUUCUCUGCAAACUUAAAUCGUUACACGAGACCUAUGACGUCUUCUUACAUUGCAAACUACAUGACAGGAAAGUACGGCAGCAAUGCUCUCAAAUCGUACGCCAACUCUAAUCCUAAUGCAAACUCUAGUCCCAACAGUAACCAAGAAAUAAACUCACCAAACUAUCCGAAAUACACCAUUGAAAACGGAGUUAGGUAUGAGCACAAGACUGUGUGGAAGUAUCCCGAUGGCAAGAUCUCAGAGGUCCCACCCUUGUCUCAUGUUAACGCGUACUCGGAGAACGCUGGGCAACAAAAACUUAAUCAACCACCGACCAUAGGUGGUUUUCGCCCAUCCAUCCCAUUCCAUUCGCCUCCAACGCCUACCUCACAGCAUGCAAGUUACAGCUCUUACAAUACUCGUUCUCAAAAUAAUAUUUACUCCCCUAGACCUGUCCAGUUUCCAAAUGAUCAAGAACAACCGAGCGCCAAACAGCAAAACGAAGACAGCAGGUUUGUUUCUUCAUCAUCUGCUGAUGCUUCUUACGGGCCCCACUUUGAAAUUCCAAGCACUUAUAAUGUGGCAGAUCAAGAAAAUUAUAGUUUAAGAUAUGGUCCAAAACCGCAAGUUAGCUACAAUAAUCAGUUUAUCAAGUAUGACAAUCAUCAGCCACCUGUAAAAUACUCCCUUGGUGGUGUAAAAAAUGAGUAUACUUACGAUCAUCAACAUAUCGAAAAGGAUAAUCUUUUUUCAUCAGAUGGACAGAUCAACAAAAGCGUUUUAGCAAAAUACACACCAGAGGCUCAAAAUUAUUUGACCAAGGUAUUUUCUGGAAAGAGAACGUCUCCACACGAGUAUCAGAACGAAGACGCUGGUAAUCAUGUGAACACAGAGUUUUCCAACUUGUUAAACUACAAUCCAUCGCUUUCACAAUACAUCAAGAAUCCAUCGUCCAUCUUGAAAGCACAACCAACGUUUAUACAAGCCGGGAGUUCUCUGAUUCCUGUCAUAAUACUUAGAGUUGAUGGAGCCCCGCCAAUACAAACGAAAACAGGAUUAAAUAUAAAUCUGAAAUCUUUGCUACGACAGUACUUAACGCAAUACGCCAAUAGUGUGUCAAAGGUUUCUCAAAGUACCAAUUAUGAGUUAGGAGGUGCCUCGUAUGACAGCGAAGGUUCUGCACAUCAGACAAAUCCAGUUGAAGAUCUCAAACAGUUGACGGAAACCUUAGAAUCCCUGCGACAACGUGGUCAUCAAGAUCCAGAUUUUAUCGUAGGUAACUAUGGUCACAGCAGCGUACAGUCACAUGUGUCACACAGUAAUGGAGCGUUGAAAGAUCAUGCUGUGAGUUACAGCGAGUACUCUCAAGACUAUAAAAAGAUUAACAGCGAGCCAGAAGUAAAAAAAUCACAAAAAGUUAAAAGCGUACAAAUUGUUGACGAUCCUAGGUACACGUCAUACAAGAUUAACCAUAAUAUGAGACAAUAA